CUGUCAUAUAAGCUAAGCUGCUCUCUUCAAAUGCAAUGUUUGUAUUGUUCCUCAAGACAGAAUGAGAUGUAACCUGCACGAAGACAUGAUGAGCUGCAUAAACGUCACAAGCUUUGAGGAAAGGUGAAUUAAAAUUAAAGGCGUUAUUUUUCUCCUUGGAAAAUAGUAACCUCAUACAGGCAAAGAAGCAAAAGGGAUAAUUGAGGGACAGUAGAAGUUUCCUGAGACUGAAUGUAUAUUCAUGGUCAUGCAUGCUCAUGCAUUACUGAUGUCUUCUUAGAAAGUAUGGGAUAAAUUAUUUCUAUUCCAUGUUCUCCAAGAGUGGAAAGUUUCUUCCUACCACAGCUCAUUCACCAUUUAGUUCCUGCUCUCUUUGCGUAUCAGAAAUGUUGCUUCUGUUUCCUUCUAAAUCACCUAUUGUGCACCCCACAGUUUAUUGCCAGCAUUACUGGAUCUGGGAUGGACUUGCAUCUUUGCAAGGUCAUGCCUGUGGUAGUUUAGUUUCAUGAUAAUAUUCCUAUGACAAGGUACAGUAGAGAACUUAGAUGCUGAUUCAAACAAAUUACCUGUUGAUAUUUGGUAGGAGUGUUUAUAAGGCAUAAUAAAUUUGUAGCAAGCUGAAAGGGAAAAGCCACAGGGGAUAUCAACAGAAAGUGUAGGAGACUACUUUGAUUGCAGGCUGGAAAGUAAAUGACUUGGGAUGCUUUGAAGAAAGUGAACUGUAUAAAUGAGAAAAGGCUCAUGUGCAACCAGAGUGAAGUUCUGUCAAAUGUUUUUUCUCUGUACCUAUUUUUUUCUAUGUAUACCUUUCUGUGGAUAUUCCAUAGUUUAGAAACAUCACAGAGGAUGUAAAGUCUCCUACACAAGAUGUUUUUGGACUUAAACUAAUAUUAGUUCUAUUAAUUGAAAAGAGUACUUGGAAUUUACUUCAAAUACUUUUAUUCUUUUUCCAAACUGCUAGCAUGUUUUCCUUCUUGGAGAGCAUCCUCAAGCAAGCUAAGGGAAUUUCAAGGCACUGAUCUAUGGUGCUAGUUUUAGCUGGAUGUCGAAUAUGUGACUGAUUCCUGCAGCCAGUCCAAUAUUUUGAGGUUUUUUUGGAUCUCUCAAACUAAACUUUAGAUUGCAGAACCAGACCGGAAUUUGAAAGUUAAUUUUCAUCUUCUGUGUUAGUUGGCAUAAAAUUUACCAAGUGAAAGAUAAGGUAAUAAAAACAUGCUAAAGAGACUUUGUCAUGUGUUAAUGAUAAAUUGCUGCUUUGCAUUUAACAUCACUUAACCUGGAUAUUUCAGUUCUCUAUUUACAGAAUUGAGGUGCUGGGUUCCUUUAUGUCAGGUGAGAAGCCAGGGACGGAGCAAGAUGAAGUUAAGCUGCAGAACGCCAGCAAGCAGAUUGUGCAGACUGCUAUCCUCCGAGCAGUGCAGCAAGUUUCCCAGGAGAGCCAGCAAAAGGAGAAGCGAACAAACAGUGCAAGCCUCCAGCUAGAAAGAGGAAAACUAACCAAGAAGCAUGAAAAGAAGUAAGGGAGCAGAUUGGGUUUCUUCAGUCCUCCAGUCUGCAGAUUUUUCAGCCUUCUCUUUAGUAUCAGCUGUAUUGCCAGUGCAAUGCUACUGUUGUAAAGCAAACCAAAGUAUUAUCACACCUAGACAUAGGGUAAAACUGCAAUAGUCCUCAGCUGAGAAAUAUUAAGUGCAUUAGAUGAAUAACUCCAUAUUUAUGCAGUGCCUCUUAACAGAAACAAUAACCAUAGUUAUAAAAGUAGUUUCAAGCACAAACUCUUAUGAUAUGAACUUAUUCUCAAAAGCUUGUUGUCAGAGCACUUUCGUGUUAAGUUCUGCGUGCAACAUUUAUGUCAGUUCAGCUGGAUGGACUCUUCUUUAAGUGAAUGGGUUCACUGAAGUUGUCUUUACCGAAGAAAUAGUUUACUGUCAAGUAUAGCAGAAUGAUUUCAGACUCCCUUGAAGCACGGGUUUGUGCUUUGCUUUGAUUAGACAUGAGCUAUGUGAAAUGGCAGGAUAAAGUGGAUUUGGCAAGUUCUGUGAACCAAUUUCUUUUUCAUCUUGGGAAAAAAAAGAGCAAUCCAGUAAGACUGCAGUAACUGUGAUCUAUUACUGUGAUCAUAUACCUAUGAUCUCUGUCUUUUUUUAAAAAAGUUAAAAUAAGUACUGAAGUUUUAGUCUACUUAUUUGAAAUACUUCUAUACUUCUGCAUAAAAAUCACUUGUGCCUCAACUAUUCCUUUUAUUUUCUUGAUAUUGAAAGAAGAGAAACUGAUGCAAUGAUAAGGAGUUCACCAAUAUAUUCUUCAGUUUUGCAGCUUUUCUGGGGCUUGAUUUACAAGACUGGAGUGUCUUAAAAAAGGGUUUGAAUUUGUUAAUAUCUUGAAGGAUGAAAAUAUACUGUGUCUGAAUUCUGUCAUGGUAGAUAUUUCUCACCUGCUGUGCAUAAAGUGACUUUAUAUAUUUGCAGUUGUAACAUAGAUUCACCUUAAAUAGCACUGCAUUAAGCUGGUAAUACAGAGCUUACUCUUUAAGUGCUCUAUAUAGCUGAAGAAAUCCAUGAUCUUUCAGAAAAUACAAAUUAAAUAAAUGUCCCCUUCACUUUUAUGCUCCCUUUCUGUAAUGAUGAUUGCGCUAUUAUACGUCUGAAAUUAAUAACUGUGUAUUUAAUUCUAGAAAUGGCUUGUAGCUCUACUUCAACUGAAUUCCUGUAGUAAUGCACCUAGAAAUAUAGAGAAGCAGACGUUCUGCAAAACUGUAAACUGCUUUUCUACUCAGCUAGGUGGUUCUCAAAGAGAUUGUGGGUUAAGCAAUUGGCUAUUACUUCCUGUGUCCUGUUGCUUGUGUUAAACAAUUUUGGGAUUCAUCAUGGCCAGAGGCUUAGCCAUGAAUAACCACAUACUGUAAUAUUGUUUUUAAAUUUGCUUGGUUUCUUUCUUUUUUUUUUUAACUUAACAGCACCGACUCAUACAAGAUAAUAAUUUAGCUCAGUCUUCUUUCACUUAAAAAUUAAAAGAAGAAUUCAAUAUGAUUAAAGUUGUUUCAAAUCAUCUAAUAAUGAAAACUGACUUGGAUUCCAAGUACACAGAUGGUUCAGUUCUAUAGACACUGGGUGAACGUUUUUAGCCAAGCAAAUUUUGAAAGGUGAAAGUGAUUGGGUCUUGAGGCAUGUGUGUGUAUGUUUUAAUAGUAAUUGUUUUACCAUUAGCUUUUUCAUCAGUUCACCUUUGGUUGGGAGGUAACUCUUUUCUAAGCACUCUUUGCAUCUUUGCUUUCUGAGAGCCUAAGCAAACUGAUCAUGAGUAAAGGUUCAAUUCUGAGUCUGAUGAGCAGACAAGUCCAGUGGAUGAGAGAGAGCAAACCUUUUGGAGAGACUCUGUGGUGCAAAAUGGUGUUUGCCAUGGACUCACCUACAAUGCUGCAGGAAGGACAGAUAUCGAACAUAUCAAUUUCUUUGAAAUUAUUCUACUCCUUUAAUGUUUUUUGUCACUAUAAAUUUGAAAUAUGUUUGUUUUGGGGUUUUUUUUGUAUUCCUCGUAAUUAUGUUAAUAAUCUUCAUGUAAUUUUAAAACUUAUAUGUCAUGUUUUUUUUAAUUAAUCAUUUUAGAGAAAGAAUAAUUUCAAAAGCCAGUGAGUCCAGGCUUUUGCCACUGCUUUAUAUGACCCUAUUCUACUCCUGCUCCCACUCCUCCCACUAUACUGUUAUACAAUAUCCCGUUACUGUCCUAGUCCUUUCAGACACACUAUUACUCAACCAUUUAACAGUCAUGUCCACCACUGUCAGAAUGCUGAUGCCAUCAGAAGUCUAAUAUCUUGGAAAACUAAAAAUGGUAGGAAGCCUAGCAAAGCCUUGAGGAAGUUUUCUAUGGUCUCCUGCUCCUAUUGAGGACAAACAAAUACUGCAGCUUAAAUAGUGUAGUUUUCCCUGAGAGCCAAAUGAUGUGUCUCCAAUCUAGAGUAUACAUCCCUAAGUUAGAGCACGCAUUUAGUAUUUCCUAUUGACAACAGAUGUUCCGCACACCACUUACAUCCAGGAUAUGCAACUGGGGUUUGUGCCACAUGUGAGAAAAUUGCACAAAAGUAAACUUUACCGUUGGUUUGUUAUAUGCUUACUACAUGAUAGAAGCGGGUAUUUUUUGGUAUUAUCUUCACUGACAGAUUAUAUUUUCUGGAGAAAAUGCAGACUUUAGAAACUAUUACAGAUGUGAUGUAGGGUUUUCUACAAAUAAAAAAGAACUCCUAAAGAAACUCUUAGUACCUUACAUGUCUCUGGUUUUUCCUGUCAGAAGAGGGGAAGCAGUUUUCAGAUUCACUAGACAAUCUCAUGAAGCAAACUGUGCUCAUGAGAUUUGUAGUAAUGAAUGCAUUAUUCAGCACAAUAAUUCAUAUCUUAGAAGUACAAGACAAUCAAAAUGGUAUCUAUAGGUAUUUAAAACAAACUCACCACAUAUUAGCAUUUACAGUGGUAAGUAGAGGGUUGUACAACUGUGUGAAAUUGUAUUUAUCACAACCCCAAAAGAACAGAAGAGUCAUGUGUCUGUGGCAAUCCUGCACUACACUUGCUAUGUUUUCAAGCAGUUUGAUUAUCCGAAUUUUAUUACCAUACUUGUGCUAUUCUUUGUAAGGGUAAUCAAGCAGCAAUGCUUAAAUGGAAAUUCACGUGGCCACAGCAGAAUUUGUAAGAGAUUACUAAAUGCCACUGUACAUCAAGUUUUUGGUUCUGUGUGGUUACAUUGGAAAUUCCUUGCUCUAAAAUAAAUAAAACCAACAACUGUGACUUGGAAA